CAAAGUUGGAGUAACUUUUUUCUGCCUACAGAAAUGAAGUGUUGACCUUGCUGGUGGCGCGUGGAGGAAGGAUGCCAACUACAUUUUGAAUUCAAAUUCUCUCCGCUCAUCAGGCUUUUCAACAAAAGCCGCCAUGUUGCGAGUAGUGGUUGAGUCGGCCAAAGGUUUGCCUAAGAAGAAGAUUGGAAGUCCUGACCCGAUCGUAUCUGUCAUAUUUAAAGAGGAGAAAAAGAAAACUAAAUCAAUUGACAAUGAGGUGAAUCCAGUGUGGAAUGAGGUGCUGGAAUUUGAUCUCAAUGGCGUCGCACUGGACCACAGCUCAUACAUUGAUGUUGUCGUGAAAGAUUAUGAAACCAUCGGGAAAAAUAAGUUUCUUGGUUCAGCUAAAGUUGCGCUAAAAGAUCUUGCCUCAGGGCAACAGAAAUCAUUGCCAUCCAGAAAUGUGCCUCUGGGUGAUGAAAACGGACAGAGCAUUGGGGCUACUAUUAGUCUUGUAAUUAGCUACGACCCUCCACCGAACACUAUGCUUAACCCCAAUGACGCAGACACCACGGUGGAUUCUGCAGGUGUGGAUGGAGAUAUGACUGUCAUUGAUGGGCCCCAAGAUGGUUCUGCAGGGGGCUCUUCUGGUCAGUCUGCCAACCUUCGAAGGCGUUUGGCUAGAGCCCAGAGUCGGCAUCGGCUGGCCAAUAAACCCCAGGACUUCCAGAUACGUGUGCGCAUCAUUGAGGCCCGUCAGUUGUCGGGCAACAAUGUCAAACCUGUGGUGAAGGUCGGUGUCUGUGGACAGACUCACAGAACCAGGAUCAAGAGGGGAAAUAACCCCUUCUUUGAUGAGAUGCUAUUCUACAACGUCCACAUGUUGCCAUCAGAACUUUUUGAACAGAAUCUCAGUUUUCGGGUGUUUAACUCCUACUCACUGAGGGCGGACAGUUUGAUGGGGGAGUUUGAGCUGGAUGUUGGCUAUGUUUACGAUGAACCAGGACACUGUGUCAUGCGAAAAUGGCUCCUGUUGAACAACCCUGAUGAUGCUAGCUGUGGCGCUAAAGGCUAUCUCAAAGUUAGCCUUUUUGUCGUCGGGACUGGCGACGAGCCACCGGCAGAGAAGAAGGAACCAAAUGACGACCAGGAUGAUAUAGAGAGUAACCUGCUGCUCCCAGCCAACGUCACCCUGCGAUGGGCUACACUUUCACUGAAGGUUUUCAGAGCUGAGGACAUUCCCCAGAUGGAUGACUCAUUUGCCCAAUCAGUGAUGAAAACCUUUGGAGGUGAGGGAAACAAGAAGAACCUGGUGGACCCAUUUUUAGAAGCUCGCUUUGCUGGAAAAAAGUUGUGCACCCAGAUCAUAGAGAAGGAUGCAAAUCCUGAGUGGAACCAGGUCUUGAACCUCCAAGUCAAGUUUCCUUCCAUGUGUGAGCGAGUCAAGCUGACAGUGUUUGAUUGGGAUCGUUUGACCGGAAAUGAUGCAGUUGGCACUACAUAUUUGAACCUUGCCGAGAUUGCUUCCUCUGGAGGAGAGAUAGAAGAGGAACAUGCAGGGAAUGAGGAAAUGGAGUCCUUUGAAGUGAACACAGGGAAGUCUGAAGUUGGAUUUCUGCCCGCUUUCGGGCCCUCCUAUAUCAACUUAUAUGGCAGCCCAAGAGAGUUCAGCGGUCUACCGGACCCCUAUGACGACCUCAACUUAGGCAAGGGACAAGGGGUUGCCUACAGGGGCAGGAUUCUGGUCCAGCUCUCUACUAAACUUGAUGACAAAAUGGACACAGCAGUGGACAGCAUCUCAAAUGAUGACCUCUUGGUGGUGCAGAAGUACCUGAGGAGAAGGAAGUACUGUCUGUGCGCAGUAUUCCACAGUGCCACCAUGAUCCAGGAACCUGGAGAACCGAUCCAGUUUGAGGUCAGCAUUGGUAACUAUGGGAACAAGCUCGAUGCCACAUGUAAACCCCUGGCCUCAACAACCAAGUACAGCAAUGCUGUGUUUGACGGUAACCACUACUAUUACCUGCCGUGGUCAAAGACUAAGCCAGUGGCGGUGGUUACCUCAUUUUGGGAGGACAUCAGCCACCGCACGGACACUGUCAACAUCAUUCUCUACAUUUACCAUCGCUUGCAAUCAAACUUGGAGGAAUUUAAACUCGGCAUCUUAGCAAAGGUUUCUGACAACAAACUGACGGAGGUGUGGUUGAAGAUGCUUGUUGAUCUGAUUGACGACUUGGAAAACUGCACUACCCCACAACUUGUGGGCCGCUCCAAUCUAACAUCCCUGGACGUCCAGCUGAAGAAGCUGCGGGACAAUUCUUUGACAUCCAUGAAAGAUGGAGCCAAACGGAUGAGGGAGGAGGCCAGGGAGAUCAAGGAUACUCUGGCUGAGCUGGAGGCCUGGGCAGACAAACUGAAAAUGUUGGCUGAGGAGCCACAAAGCAGCAUACCAGAUGUCAUCAUCUGGAUGCUGCGAGGAGAGAAGAGGGUGGCGUACAGUCGCAUUCCCGCUCACCAAAUCCUCUACUCCAUGCAUAGCGAGCAGGCCUGUGGAAGGCACUGUGGAAGGAUGCAGACCAUCUAUUUUCAGUAUCCAAUGGACAAGAACAAAGGCUUAAAGGUGCCAGUUCAAGUCAGAGUCAACAUGUGGCUCGGCCUUGCUGCCCAUGAAAUGAAGUUCAACUCCUUCUCUGAAGGAACAUUCAGUGUAUAUGCCGAAAUGUAUGAGAACCAAGCCAGCGUUUUUGGAAACUGGGGGACCACUGGACUAGUUGGACGCCACAAAUUCUCAGACGUGACUGGCAAGAUUAAGUUGAAGCGAGAGUACUUCUUGCCACCCAGGGGAUGGGAGUGGGAGUCAGAGUGGUUCAUUGACCUAGAGAAAGAUCUGUUUACAGAGGCAGAUGCGGGACAUACAGAGUUUAUGGAUGAGGUAUUUCACAACGAGACUCGCUUUCCUGGGGGAGAGUGGAAGGCGGCCUCUGAGCCAUUCACUGAUGUGAAUGGGGAGAAAAGUGUUGAACCUGGAAACGUCACUUGUCCUCCGGGCUGGGCGUGGGAAGACAAGUGGUCAGUUGAUGACAACAGAGCUGUGGACGAUCAAGGUUGGGAGUACGGAGUGACCAUUCCACCUGAUGACAAGCCGCGGUCUUGGGCCCCUGCCGAGAAAUUGUACCAUAUUCACCGAAGGAGAAGACUGGUGCGACUUCGCAAGAGGACAGCAGCAUCCACGGGAGCUACUGCAGAGCAGGACCGAGGCGACCCACAAGGCUGGGAAUUUUCUUCACUGAUUGGCUGGAAGUUUCACAGAGAGGAACGUCCCACAGAUACAAUUCGCAGAAGGCGCUUGAAGCGGAAGAUGGCACCAGAAGAUCGCCUAGGAGCAGCUGCCAUCUUCGAACUUGAGGGUGCUUUGGCAGUUGACACGGCUGAUGAAGAUAAGGACUCGUCUGAUGCCACCAAAAUGUUUGGUGCAAACACUCCGACAGUGUCCUGCUACUUUGCGAAUUCAUACAUGUAUCAUUUGCGUGUUUACGUUUAUCAGGCAAGAAACAUUGCGUCCAUGGACAAAGACAGUUUCUCAGAUCCAUACACACACGUCUCCUUCCUGCACCUUAGUAAGACAACAGAGAAGCUACGGUCGACACUCAACCCAACCUGGGAUCAGACACUCAUCUUCAACGAUGUAGAGAUCUAUGGAGACCCCCUGACCGUGGAACAGCGCCCCCCUGACGUCGUGCUGGAGUUCUACGACCAUGACCAAGUGGGCAAGGAUGAGCUGCUGGGUCGUAGUGUUUGUUCUCCAAUGGUGAAACUGACUCCAGGAGUGGACCAGAACCCCAAAUUGCUGUGGCAUCCCAUCAUUCAGAAAGGAUUUAAGGCUGGGGAAGCACUGGUGGCUGCUGAACUGAUACUGAAAAACAAGUCAGGUGAGUCUGAUCUUCCUUUGGUUCCACCAAAAAGAGCAGAGAACCUCUACAUGGUCCCUCAGGGAAUCAGGCCUGUGGUGCAGCUCACUGCUGUGGAGAUUUUGGCUUGGGGUCUGAGGAACAUGAAGUCCUAUCAGUUGGCCGCAGUGUCCUCCCCCAGCCUGGUGGUGGAGUGCGGGGGCCAAAGGAUCGAGUCCGCAGUGAUCAAAAAUAUGAAAAAGAGCCCCAACUUUCCCAGCUCCGUUCUCUUCAUCAAAGUGCUCUUACCGAAAGAGGAGAUGUACACGCCUCCCAUCGUGCUGAAGGUCAUUGACCAUCGGCCGUUCGGCAGGAAGCCUGUUGUGGGUCAGUGCACGAUCACUUCUCUGGAACAGUUCCGCUGUGACCCGUACGUCAUAACUGCUGAGGGCGCUAUGUCAUCAAAAAUGGCCCUCAUGAUGGCAUCCACAGCCAAAGACGUCUCUAUCAACAUGGAGGAGACGCUCCCUCUGCUGGAGGCUCAGUACAUGUACAACAUAUCAGCCGCUGUGAACAAAAUGGCUUCUCCUCCAUCCCAUUUUGAGAAAGAGACUGUGGACUGGUGGAGUAAGUUUUAUGCUUCAUUGCAUGAGCAGGAUAAGUGUGGACCUUACUUAAAGAAAGGAUAUGACACGCUUAAAGUGUACAACUGUGAGUUGGAGGAUGUGCCCGAAUUCACGGGUCUGACUGACUUCUGCAAUACCUUCAGACUUGAGAGAGGAAAGAGUGAUGAUGGAGACGGCGAUCCCACUGUGGUGGGAGAAUUCAAGGGAUCGUUCAAGGUGUAUCCCCUGCCCGAUGACCCUGGUGUGACUCCUCCUCCCCGUCAGUUUAGGGAGCUGCCAGACAGCGGGCCACAAGAGUGUCUGGUCAGGAUUUAUGUGGUGCGAGCCCUGGACCUGCAGCCCAAAGACAACAAUGGCAAAUGUGACCCGUACAUCAAGAUAUCACUUGGAAAAAAAACUGUUGAAGACCGAGACAAUUACAUCCCCAACACAAUCAGCCCUGUGUUUGGAAGGCUGUUUGAGAUGUCCUGCUACCUGCCCCAGGACAAGGACCUAAAAAUCUCGGUGUACGACUACGACCUUCUGAGUCGUGACGAGAAGGUGGGGGAGACGGUGGUGGACCUGGAGAAUCGCUUCCUGUCCCGAUACAACUCCUACUGCGGACAUCCACAAACCUACUGCGUUUCUGGUAUCAACCAGUGGCGUGACCAGCUGAAACCAUCUGAGAUCUUGGAGAACUUGGCCCGAAUGAAGGGUCUUUCCAAACCCAGGACGGAAGACAACGGCACAUCUCUCUUCUUCAGUGGCAAACAGUACACACUGGCCCAGUUUGAGGGAAACAAGGAGGUUCAUCAGCACUUGGGUCCGGCCAGAGAGCGGCUGUGUCUGCAUGUGCUGCGUACUCAGGGCCUGGUACCAGAGCAUGUGGAGACCCGCACACUUUACAGCACUUACCAGCCCAAUCUCUCCCAGGGCAAACUUCAAAUGUGGGUGGACGUCUUCCCCAAAAGCCUCGGUGUCCCCGGCCCUCCCUUUGACAUCACACCACGCAAGCCCAAAAAACACUUCCUGCGUGUGGUCAUCUGGAACACCACUGACGUGACCCUGGAUGAGACCAGCAUCACUGGCGAGAACAUGAGCGACAUCUACGUGAAAGGCUGGAUGCCAGGCAUGGAGGAGGACAAGCAGAAGACAGAUGUUCACUAUCGCUCUCUGGAUGGAGAUGGAAACUUCAACUGGAGGUUUGUUUUUGACUUUGACUACCUGCCAGCGGAGCAGCUGUGUCUCGUCUCUAAAAAGGAACACUUCUGGAGUCUGGACAAAACCGAGUUCAGGAUCCCUCCCAAGCUGAUCGUCCAAAUAUGGGAUAAUGACAAGUUCUCCCUGGAUGACUAUCUGGGAACGCUGGAGCUGGACCUACGGAACUUGGUUCCUCCUGCAAAGACUCCAGAGAAGUGUUCACUGUCCAUGAUGGACAAUUUGGAGACUGGAGUUCCAUCUUCCAAGAACGAAUUUGACAAGUCUUUGUUUGCCCAGCAGUCGGUGAAAGGCUGGUGGCCCUGCUCCAUCGAACAGAAUGGAGAGAAGGUCCUCGGGGGUAAAGUGGAGAUGACUUUGGAGAUAGUCAGUGAGGCAGAAGUAGAUGAGCGACCUGCAGGGAAAGGCAGAGAUGAGCCCAACAUGAACCCAAAACUGGAUCCUCCUAAACGGCCAGAGACCUCCUUCUUCUGGUUCACCAACCCCUGCAAGACGAUGAAGUUCAUUGUGUGGCGUCGCUUCCGGUGUGUCUUCAUCUGCAUCAUCAUCCUCACCAUCGUCAUCCUCUUCCUCGCAAUUCUGUUGUAUUCUCUACCGAACUACAUCUCAAUGAAGAUCGUCAAGCCUCUGAAGUAACUUCAAAGCAGAACAAAAACAUUUCAAUGCCAGGAUUUCACAUCUACUGCCAACACAUUUGUCACAGUCACACCAUAAUAUGACAAAACACACACUAUGUAGCUUUUAGGAAAUCUGUUUUGGUGACAGUCUUCCUCUGAACUGCACUGGAUUUUGACACUGAUGAAUUCAAAAUAUAGAUUGCUUCCAUUCUUCGAUUGCUUCACCACACUUUACACACGCUAGAGAUCUGAUUGGAUUGUGUGGUGUUGACACACAGCCUUAUACCUGUUUGAAAAAGAAAAUGUGCUGAUGAUUGUGUAUGAAAAUAAACAAGUAUGACUUGUACAAGUAAUGACGACAGUGAUAC